CCCCCCCCCCCCCCCCCCCCCCCGCCCCCCCGCCCCCCCCCCCCCCACACCCCCCCCGGGGGGGGGCACCCUUAAAAAACUGCAGGCUCUUUUUCUUCCAAAAGCUCUCUUUUUUUGAACCUUUAGUUUUUUGCCUGUUUUGCCCUGAAAAACGAACUUUUUCCGAACAAAUUAUGCAUGGUUAGAAUCAGUACGUCGAAUCGCAUCUAUCCAUGUAAUAAAAUCGAAAAAAGAAAAAGCGCUCGAAUUUUGAAUUUCCAGAACCUUACGUUUUAUAUUUUAUUUUUGUAGGUGUACUUGAUAUUGAUUCUUAUCAUUUACCCGAUUGGCCACCACCUAAAACAAAAAAAUCAAAAAAACAAAAAAAAUCAAAAGAUUUAUUAAAACCAUUAGAUGAUGAGACAAGAAGUAAAAGUGCACAUAUAACUACAGCUACAAUAAUAUCGACAAAACCACAAGAUGAAUUUCAAAUUGAAAAAGAUAAAAUAAAACGAACUCGAUCAGCAAGAAAAUAUGAUGAUAAUGGCGAUGCUAUCUUAAAUUCUAUUAUGCAAUUUGUUCCACGAUCAAAUUUAAAAACAUCAAAAAGUAAUAAAUCAAAUAGAUUCAAUCCAAAAACAAUUUUACCAUUCAUAAGAAGACGUCAUUCAACAGCCAUUGAUACAUCAUUGAUCUCUAAGGAUAUGGAUGAUAAAAAAGAUUUAUUUUCAUCAUUAGAUUUUGUAUGUCCUCAAGUUAUUCGUCACUAUUUAUUAUCCGAUUGUUCUCAAAUUGAUACAUCAAUGUGUUCAUGUCGUAUUGAUCAAGUUCCAUUAGUAAAUGAUCUUGAAUUUGAUACAUUUAUUAAUUUAAUUAAACAAAAAAAUCCUAAACAAUUAAUUAUUAUUGGAAUAAUAAAUUCAAAUACUGAAAAAUUUAAUAAAAAUGAUUUAAAUGAAAUAUUUCUUACAUUACAUUAUCAUAUGAAUAAAAUGCGUACAACACCAUGUCGAUUUUGUCUUCAUGAUGAAUAUCGUUGUGUACUAUAUGAUAUUGGACAAACAACAAAAUAUUCAACUCAUAUGGGCCCAUUGCUUAUUGUAAGACAUAAUGUACAACCAGGUUUUGUAUUGAUCUAUCAAAAUGGACAAUUAAUAUUUGGUGAUUAUAUAUUCAAUGGUUAUGGAAGAAAUAUAAAUGAUUUGAAAAAACAAAUACAAUAUAUGAAAACACAACAUAUACAUACAGCAUUACCUGAUCAAUUUAAAUUUUUACUUGAUUUUUAUCCAUCUGGUAGUAAUCGUUCAUCUUGGUCUACUGAAAUUACUGGAAAUACGGUAAAAUCAAAAUAA